GCCGAUGUUGUGUGUCUGUGUGUGUUGUUCUCCAUGAAUGGUGAUGUUGAUUUGGUAGAGGGGGUGGCGGAGCCUUUCUUGUUCUUUUUUAUGCCUUGCAUUGGGGUUGCCCUCUUGCAGGGAGUGAGGUUGAUUGUCCGCAUAUCUUGGCUGUGGAAUUUGUGGAUACGGAGCGAUACCCGAGUGGUUAGGUGUCUUCAGGUGGAAUUGGAAUUGGUGUAAGGAAUGUGUUUGUGCUGUCAUAUUUGUGGGUCUGCAUACCUGAGUGAGUGGCUCGGAGAGCGAACAGUAAGUCAUGCGAGUGUUAUCUACUGUCGAAGUCAUGAUAUUUCGCAUUGAAACGGUCUAGACGUAUGUUUACUCAUGUGCUAUAUGUUAGUAUUUCUCUAGAAUUCUUUCCGCUCAUAGUCCAUCCAACAAAAUUCCUGAGAAACAGUCCAUAUAUAUGUAGACUAGGAGUAGUAGUUCUAUGUGCUUUUAAUUGGUAUGGAUUG